CCCCCUUUCCCUCCAUCAUUUUGCGCAUUUGGUGGAACUCGACAUGGACGCCGAAAGUCUCGCGAGCUUUAUGGUCAUCACUGGCGCUGACGGCACGACCGCGCAGCAAUACCUCGAUCUCACAAAUUGGAACAUGGACGAAGCCCUCAAUUUGUUCAUGGAGAGCGGUGGCAGCGGCACGUCAAGUGGGGGAAAUGCUUCGAGCAGCAGUGGAGGCAACCACGACCCAUUCGAUUCCUACGGACAGCAAGACGUACGCGCGCCAGAUCCGUCGAAGCGCCAACGUUUGGUCGGCGGCCCCGCGGAUCCGUUGCCGUCGCAGUUCUUUGGACGGGGACCCAGCUACAACCAGUUCACUUCGUCAUCUGCGUCGUCCGCUGCCUCUCGUCCAGACGCUCUCUUCCAACGAGACUUUGCCGCGGAGGCCGUGGCCAGCAUCGGCGGCAGUUUCCCUCGACGCAGCAGCUCCAACGCCUUAACCAACGACGACGACACGUCCGCUCGCUCCCGCGACCCGCAGUCGUUGUCGCAGCUGUUCCAACCGCCCGUGAACAUCAUGUUCUACGGCACAUUGUCCGAGGCGCGGCAACUCGCCAAGCAGGAAAGCAAGUGGCUGCUGGUCAACGUCCAGGACGACACGGUGUUUGCGAGCCUUCGCCUCAACCGGGACACAUGGAACGACGACUUUGUCCAGAACCUGGUCACGAGCGGCUUUGUGUUCUGGCAGAUCUACAUUGCGUCCGACAGCUGCAAGAAGUUUUGCUCAUUGUACCAGCUGGACACAUCCAAGCUGCCGAUCACGUGCGUGCUGGAUCCCCUCACUGGCCAAAAGGUGGUCGAGUGGCCCGACUACAUCGAGCCCCACGCCAUGGCCGAGAAACUGUCGGACUUUGCGUGCUUGAACCCGCCGGGUGCCGCCGUGCGACCCGUCGCGCCCAAGCCGCCGCCGUCCAGAGAACUGACCGAAGACGAGGAACUGGCCGCCGCCAUCGCCGCGUCGAUGGAGCAACAGACCGAUGACGACAUGGGGCACGAUGUGAAAGUUCUGCCGCAAGGUGCUCCCACAGUCCACGACGACCUGCCGCCGCCGCCGUCACCCGUUGCGGCGGUUCCGCGUCUGCCGGACGAACCGGCUGAUGGCCCGACGGUGACGCGUGUGCAAAUUCGGACGACGACCGGGUCCCGUCUCAUGCGCCGGUUCGACAAGGCCGAGCCCGUGGCCGUGCUGUUUCAGUUUGUGCAGCAAGAGAUCCCCGAAGCGCGCACGCGGGGGUUCGAGUUGCGGACGUCGUACCCUCCCGCGACGCUUGUCAGUUCCGACUUGACUCCAUUGGCCGACGCGAAUCUCGUGAAUGCGUCGCUCAAUAUGCAGUGGACAACGUAGACACUAAACAACUAACGACUACUAGUACCUUGGUUGCCAUUACUAUGUACUCGGGAGUAGUUAGUAGGUAAGUAACAAACAUCUACUUGGACUUGGGUCGACUGGACGGAUGCCGCAGGUUCUUGCGGAUAAUAGCGACCAUCUGAGUCUUUUCGUAGCCCACGAACCGCGCCUCUUGGCCAGGGGGUAAGAUGAUCACCUUGUAGUUUUGAAUGUCCAGCGCCAUGCCCGCACACGCGUCCGACCGGCCUAAUUAUAUUGCACCCUUUCCAUCAAAUAUUCAAACAUUU